GCGGGCGGAAGGUGAGCGGGCCGGACGGGUGCUGAGCCUCUACCAGGGGUAGGAAGACGGCAGGGCCGGCAACGAACGAGAAGCCGCGGGCAGGCCCUGGAGCGACUCCAAUCGGCCGGGCUCGCUCUCGGCAGGGUCCGGACCUGGGCGGCAGGUACGGACGCCAGCCCCCGCCCUGCUCGGACUUCGGAAUCGAUCCCUGACCGACGCGCCGCAGCCCGAGCCUCUCCGCGGACGGGAGCCCAGCGGCAGUGCCGGCGGGAUGCGCGCGCUGCCCGUGCCGGACGCACCCCGGAUGGAGCAGCUGCUGCCCGGGCACCCGGGCCGGGCGCGGCCAGCGCUCAGGAGCGCGGUGGAGAGGCUGGCGGCCGACCGCGCUAAAUACGUGCGGGCUCUGCCGGGGACAGCUUGGGGCCCGGCCUCCGAGGGCAGCAGCCCCGGGGCGGGCGGAGAACAGGCGCGGUCAAUCUUCCCUGUCGAUCCCCCUCUUCACCUCAACGUGGACAGAGGGUCCCGCGAAGUCAGGUCCCCCGAGCCGCAGCGCCACGCGCCGGGGUCUUCAAGCUCGCAGUCGGACCUCAGCUCCCGCUACUCCAAGUCCGCUGCCGAGUUCGACACCUUCUUCCAGUUCUGCGGGCUGGAGCCCGAGGUGGUGGAGGCCCUCGGGCGGGAGAACUUCUCCGCGGGGUCGGACCAGGGCACCCUCAGAGUCCGCAGCGUGAGCGUCGCCACCUCCGAGGGUGGCUUCUCGCGGCGCAGCUGCGGCGACGAGGGGCUGCAGGAGGAGGAGCUGACGGAGCAGGCGCCCAGCGCCCCCUCCGUCGUGGAGAGGAACGCGCGCAUCAUCAAGUGGCUGUACACCUGCAGGAAGGCCACGGAGACGCCAGCGCCACGGUGGCAGGGCCCGCGUGACCACCGCUCCGAGGCCGGGACCCACGGAUCGGCCAGAAAUAUGUAUAUUGGGGUGCGCAGCACUUUGCUAAUUAGUUUAUGUGCCGUGAGAUGAAAAUAGGUGAACAUCGCUGCUCUAGGUCUUCCUGAAGAUGGAAUGCAGUAAAAAGAGUUUUGAAUACUUAGGACAUUAUUUUUCUUUCAGUGUUUCAUCAAUCUUUUGCUUGAAAAUGUUUUUUCUCUGUUUUAAUAAUACCAUCAUUGGAGAAUGAGCACAGAUAACACAGCCAGCACUGUUUGUAACCUUUUGCGUAACUUAACUCAUGACU